AUGCCUAGAUCGAAACCAAUAUAUGUGUACAACGAGUCAUUGGAAUUGACUCACGUUUUUAGCAGCCUGAGAGAUGCCAGUAUUUCCCUUACUAAUAUAGACGACACGAGAUCUAUCCGUCGUUGGGCUGAUACUGGCAGAUUAUUCAGGUGGCGGUGGUACGUCUAUUCAAGGUGGUUUGAUGCGAAAACUCUUAAACACGCAAAGUCCUUGGGAGAAAAAGCUACUUUUGAGUUGGCUAAACUGAGUGCGCCUGUAAAAAGGAAUGCUCCUAUUUAUAUUUAUGACGACAAAUCAAACUUGAUCAAAGUUGUGAAAACUGUUAAAGAGGCCGCUUCGCAUUUCAAUGUCUCCAAACAACGCGUCUGUGAUAAUCUGUUCAGGAAUAAGAGGUUCGUGAUAAAGGGACCGGACAAAAAAAAAAGAAUUUAUCAUUUUACCCAAAGACCAAGGCAACCAGAAGCUUCAGAAUCCAAUGAUUCCGGAAUUCCGGUUCCUAAUGAAAAUCAGUUGACCAACGAGUGUUCGCCGUCCAACACGAAUGCUGGUGACAGUAUCACCAUGCCCAUUGACCUUGAAAAUAUUUCUGGGCCAAGCACUAAUACAAGGGAUGUUGCGAACCACUCGUCGGAUAAUCAUACAACGUUGAAUGAGGCUGGUGAUGUCAUUGCCGUUUUCCCAGAAGCCGAAAACACACCUACAGAUCUUGAAAACUCGAACCAAAAAUCCACUUCUGCAGAAUGUGAGAUUCUCAAUUCGGGUAAUAAUGAAAUGAGGAAUGAUCAUGGUUCGAAUUCUGUAUGCGAGUUCGGUGAUGUGUAUUCCGAUGAGGGUGAACUGUCGACUUCAUCGACACCAUUACCUUUACCACCACUAAACGAAUUUGGUAAUGCAACAAAUUCAAGUGUAGCCGAGACUCUACCUUUACCGGAACCAGAAUUCCUUAAUUCAAUUCGCUAUUUUACGAGCAACCAUUUUACAUGUGAUAACCCACUUCCUGAUAUUUUCGAACGAAUGGAUGAGACGGCUCUACUCACUAUGGGUAUCCUCAUGCAAGAAU